UAUUGUAAACAUAUACAUACAUGCCUAUAUACAAAGCACAACGGAAUGUAAAUCUUAAAUAUACGCAGUAGACAGCAGACUUCGUGGCGUUUUAGCUUUUGACUUUGUUUUGAAUUUUUAGUUUUCUAAUUUUUUGAUUAGAAAGAAGAAAAAAGAACGUAACUGUGCAUUCGUUUGUGUAAAGUCUGCGUGUAUAAAUAAUAAUCCACUGCACAAAAUGUCCGAGACACGCAUACCGAGCGAUAUUCUCGAUGACCUUUCGAGUCGUUUUAUCAUCAACAUUCCAGAGGACGAGAGAAAAGAUAACGUGAGAUUGUGCUUCCAGAUCGAGCUGGCCCACUGGUUCUACCUAGAUUUUUAUUGCACAGAGGAGAAUCCGAAAUUAACGAAAGUUGGAAUGAAGGAAUUCGCGGCUAUUAUAUUUAAGCACAUCGAUUUUUUGAGGCCGCACGCCUCGCAAAUCGACGUUAUCUACCAGAAGUGGAGAUUUUACAAACAGAAUGUACCUACGUUUGGUGCCAUUAUAAUGAACAAAAGUCUGACAAAAGUAUUGCUCGUUCAAAGUCAAUAUGCCUCCAGUUGGGGUUUUCCAAAGGGAAAAAUAAACGAAGACGAAACGACAUCCGAUUGCGCCGCUCGCGAAGUACUGGAAGAAACUGGCUUUGACAUUUCUCCUAUACUUCAAAAGGAUGUCUUCAUUGAAUCAAUUAUAAACGAACAGGUGAUUAGGUUGUACGUUAUUCCUGGUGUACCGGAGGAUACUAAAUUUGAACCAAGAACGCGUAAUGAGAUAAAAAGUAUACAAUGGUUUGAUCUGAAUGAUCUACCAAAUCACAGGAAGGAUACAAGAUGUAAAGCUAAACUUGGAGUAGUACCUAAUCAAUUUUUCAUGGCAAUUCCUUUUGUUAACAAAAUAAAAGAAUGGGCAAGUGAAGAAUUUACUAAAACUGGGCACAAAAAAGGUCAAAGAAAUCGCCACAAGUCUGUUGGAGAUAUUAACAGUGCUAAUCCCCACAAUCAAUAUAGAGAGAAAAAAUGCAAUUCAGAUGAUGAAAACGCUUUUUCUACUCCUAAUACGACUGGUUGGAACAAAAAUGAAAAUGCUGAUGGAAAUACAGGGCAACUAAUGAGUAAUUGGAAACCAAUCCAAAACAAAAAUGAAAAUGCUGAUGGAAAUACAGGGCAACUAAUGAGUAAUUGGAAACCAAUCCAAAACAAAAAUUCAGCUAAAAAUGGUUCAAAACGCAAUUUAUUUGGCAAAAAUUGCAAAGAUAAAUUACUUGCCAAAGAAUUGAAAGAAAGCCCUUUUAGACAAAAAAGUAAUUCACUAUCAAAAAAUUUUACCGAUAAAACUGCAAAUGGUUCCGAUAAUACAGGCAAUAGAAAAAAUGGAUCCAAGAAAAAAGAUAAGAGAGACAAUAAUGCGAAUAAUUUAACAAAUAAAACUGACCAACCAAUGCAAGAGAAAUCGAAUGGGGUUGCACGUCACGCAAAGACUGCAAGUGAUUCAUCAGCGGCAUUCAAUUUUACCACUAAAUUAUGGAAAAACUUCAAUUUUGAUAAACAAUCCAUCAUUGAAUGCUUAAUGUUUGCAUAUAAUAAUACAUGUGAGCAAAAAAACUAAUUCUGUGAUUAAUUUUAGUUUAAAGUUUACUUUUAGUUUUGCUACUGCCAAAUAUGUUAAUUUAAUUUAAUAAGUGUAUUUUGUUAAGAUAGUGUGGAGUAUUUUUUGUUACUCAAGUGAUGUAUCAAAUUUAAAUAAUUUGCAUAAUUUUUUAUGCAUACUUUUAGUAAUCAAGGGUUCAACUCCGUAAGGUUGAUUCAGAAAACAUGAGUUGUAGGUAUAUUUAUUAGAUAAUGUGCAGUAUUAGAUAACUUGUGACUUUUAAAUGCAAGAUGAUUAUUGAAUGAGUUGAAGUAACUGAACAAUUAAAUACACUAACAUUAAAUUAAGAUCUCUUAAGUAUCAACUCACAUGUAAAUGUUAAACAAUAUUUUGUUUUUCAUGUUUGUCUCAUUAUGGAAAGUAAAAGGGAAAUAAAAAAUGGAUUUUGAAUUGAACAUUUUUUAUAAUUGCUCCUGAAUUUUAAUUUGUAUCAUUGUUUGUAUUGGUGUUUUAUCGAUAAAUUAAAUGAGAGUUUUCUUCAAGUGAAUAAACAGAGGUUUACAAUUGUAUCGAAA